AUGCUGAUAAUGAUAAGGUUAGUUUUAUUUGAUACCCCAAAAAUCGCGAUAAUUUUUUGAUUUUUUUCAGAUUUUUCUAUCACAUCAGCACGAUUUCUAUGAUUUCUCAAAGCCAAAAGCUCGUGAAACUCGAAAAAUUCGAUUGGAAAUGGAUUUCGGAUUCGAUUUCUACUACAAUAUUUCUUGGUGAGUUUGAAAAUUAAACAUUUCUAUGAAAAAUAUUAUAAUUUUGAAAUUGCCCGAUUUUUGAAAGCCGAGCAAAAUUUGCAAUUUUGAAGUAAAGCUAUAGAAAAAAUGGCUGGAAAUUUCAUAAAAUUCUAUUGAUUCCAAAAAUUUAUUGUCAUUCCGAAAAAAAAAGAACCACAACAAACAAAAUUCGAAUUUUUGAUUUUUGACCUAAAAUUGAGAUUUUUUCAGUGAAAUUUUGAGCUGAAAAUCAGUUUUCCAUCCUAAAAUUAAUUUUUGAAGUGGAGAAAUGUAACUUGCUGACAUUGAAUUUGGCUGGAAAUUUGGAGAAAGAUAAUGUGAGUCUUUUUUUUUGACCUGGAAUUAAUUUCAGAUUUCUCUAUUUUUUAUACCAAAUUUCAACCUAAAUUCAAUUUCAGAUCUUCUCAAUCAUUAAAAUCUGGAAUUCUUUGAAAUACGGUGGAAUUCAAAUUGAACAGCUACAUAUUAUUUAUUAA